AUGCAAAACCCAAAACAAAGCCACUAUGCAGCCAUAAAACAUAUCUUGAGAUAUGUAAGGGGCAAAACCGGGUAUGGUCUACUGUAUCACAGAGGAGGCGAUGGCAUGCUAGUAGGGUACAGUGACAGCAGCUACAAUGAUGAUCGGGAGGAUGGAAGAGGAACCACAGGUGUUGCAUAUUACUUCUCAGGAAAUUUAAUAACAUGGGCAUCACAAAACCAACAAACUGUUGCUCUAAGCUCGUGUGAGGCAGAAUGCAUGGCUGCAACUGCAGCUGCCUGUCAGGGACUGUGGUUGAGAAGCUUGCUGAGUGACCUUGUUGGAAGAAAAGCUCAAAAGGUGAAGCUGUUAGUGGAUAAUCAAUAUGUUAUUGUACUCAUAAAGAACCCGGUUCACCAUGGAAGGAGUAAACACAUAGAUACAAAGUAA